AUCACGUGUUUUAACUCCCACGCUUUUGAUGAAUUUAUCUGGUAAUUUAACCCUACAUGGUCAGAUAAAAUGGCAGACAGACUAACACAACUACAAGAUGCUGUCACACAGAUGUCGGACUACUUCUGCAAUAGUAUUGGGAUUCUGCAACAGAACCAAACCACUGAGACCAAAGAAGGAGGAGGGGAAAGUAGCACCAACAACGCAACAUUAUUUGCUUCACUGAUAUCACAAACAGCCACUGACAUUGAGACACUCAUUGAGUCACUCCCUGAUCAGGAAUACACUCCAGAGAAGCAGGAAGAAACUUUAAAGAAUCUUGUUGCUGAGAAUCAAGUUUCUGGAGAAAAAUUAAGACAAGUCAUCAAUGAAGCCGAGUCAAUGUUGAAACAAGUCAGACUUUAUCAUAAGACUAUUA